AUGAAAACUUAUGGAAGACCGACAUGGCGCGUCUAUGAUGACGAGCGCGCCUCUAAAAAGAGACGCGUACAGGAUGAGUCGGAUGAAGCUGAAAAUAAUCUACAAUAUGCUAUCCGCGAGUCAUCAGCGGCCGUUUUGUCCAGCCCGUCGCGUCGCAACUCCGUGUUGUCCGAAGGCACACUGGAUGAUAUCGACGAUCUCACCACACCACCGUCAUCGCCACCCGCCCGAUUAACCCCACCGCCAGCAAAUACUCGCAAGCCAACUUUCGCCUUUUUGAAGCGGAAGCACAAGGAUGCCGCCGGGUCACCUCUGACGGAGGUGAACUCCAACACGGUGCGAUCCUCUGACCCGCCCAAGCAGAAGGGCCAGAAACAGCCCGUGAUGCGUCAGAUGCAGAUUGAUCUGGGCACUGACACACGAAAAACCUGCGCCACCUGCGGUAUGGAAUAUAUCCCAUCGAAUACGGAAGACGCGGCAUUGCAUAAAAAGUUCCACGAGAUGAAUGCGACGGGGAUCGACCUGGGCAAGGCGUUCUUGCGCGCGAACGCCUCGCGCUGGAUUUACGAAGCCACCCGGUUCGAUGAGGGGUACGUGGUGAUUGUGGAUCGCAAGGCAUCCCCCAGUGCCAAGAGCCAGGCGAAGAAGGUUCUCGAAGUCAUCAGCAAGGAGCUCUCAUCACCGGAAAUCGACGACGAGACUCUCUGGAGCCAAACGGAACCCCCCAAACAUUUACAGGAUGGCCCGACCGAGAAAGUGGAUCGGUACCGGGUCUUUCUGCAUAUGAAGGACAGUCGCUGUGUCGGACUCUGUCUGACCGAGCGCAUCUGGGAAUCGCGACCGGUCGCCAAAGAUGAAAACGGGCCCGCAGGCUCCUCCGUUUCAACACGAGAUGAAGUUCACCCCGCCAUUGUUGGGGUCUCUCGUAUCUGGACUUCCGGAUCUUCGCGGCGAAAGGGAAUCGCUCUGGAUCUCCUCGACUGUGUGGUGAUCAAUUUUAUCUACGGCAUGGAAAUAACUAAGGAUCAAAUCGCAUUUAGCCAGCCUACGGAGAGUGGCAAACGUCUGGCACAUAAGUUCUUCGAGGACGAAGAGACGUGGCAUGUGUAUAACGAGCAGUGA